AACAGCGAUUGUGAGUCUAAGCAGCACGCGAAGCUUUAACGGAAAAAUCAUAAAUUUUGAAAAUGUAUUUGAAUACGAAGAUCUACUUUUUUUAUUUUAUUGUGUUUUUAUCAAAUUGUUUUGAGAUACAUUCACUAGCAAAACUAGAUUACACCAGAGAAAGGCACUUCACGUUUAGUUCAAAUACUGGUCCCACAAAUGGAACAGGUGGAAAUUUACCUCCUCAACAGUCGCAGGUUUUAGCACGUCAGCUUAUAACCGGCACCGUAACUCCGAAUAUCGUCACACCCACAUCGUACUGCAUAUGUGUACCAGCGGGAUCCUGUCCGAACCCAAUAACAAACCCAACCGAUGGCAGUGGCCAAAUUGAUAUACGCAUUGUUAACAAUCCUGCAGUAUCGCCAGUGCCUGUGCCAUUUACUUGCAGUUAUGGAUUAACAAUUUGUUGUCAAGCUGGCACAUACCAAUGUGGGCGUCGCUAUCCUCCACCUCCAGGUAGUGCAACUGCCGGUGCUGGACAAGCAGAUUUUGGAGAAUAUCCAUGGCAAGUAGCGUUACUAACAACUGGUGAAGUAUACCUGGGCUCCGGUGCAUUAAUAACAGCACAGCAUGUUUUAACAGCUGCUCAUAAGGUUUAUAAUGUGUCACCAGCGUCAUUUAAAGUUCGUGUAGGUGAAUGGGAUGCAGCAAGUACCUCUGAACCAAUACCCGCACAAGAUGUUACUAUAGCAAGUGUUUUUAUACAUCCCAGUUUUAACAGCGCUAAUCUCCAAAACGAUGUAGCCAUUUUGCGGCUAUCAACUCCUGUUUCACUUAUGACUAAAUCUACUGUUGGUACUAUCUGCUUGCCUACAACAUCAUUUGUUGGUCAACGUUGUUAUGUAGCUGGUUGGGGUAAGAAUGAUUUUGGACCAAACGGUGCUUAUCAGGCUAUUCAACGUGAAGUCGAUGUGCCGCUUAUACCGAAUGCGAACUGUCAAACCGCUUUGCAAAAUACACGAUUGGGUGCUACAUUUAUAUUAAACAAUGGUAGUUUUAUCUGCGCAGGAGGAGAGGCUGGUAAAGAUGCGUGCACUGGUGAUGGAGGCUCGCCCUUAGUAUGUCAAAAUUCAGGAAUAUGGUAUGUUGUUGGCUUAGUUGCUUGGGGUAUUGGUUGCGCAACUGCAGGCAUACCUGGCGUUUAUGUUAAUGUAGCAAAUUUUUUGCCUUGGAUACAGACAACUUUAGCUUCGUAGUUCUUAAGUAUGCCAUGAAUUAUUUAUUUUUUUUUUUAUGAAUGUAAAAUUAUAAAUAAACUUAU